AUGAGCACCGGGUCGCUGCCCACGCUCGUGGAUCUGGCGCGGAAGAGCCUGCUACAGAAGGAGAGCCUGGCCAUCCCGGCCCUGGAGCAGCUGCCCCCCCAGAUGUUCCCGCCUCUCUUCGAGGACGCCUUCACCGCGAGACUCAAGGACACGCUGAAGGCCUUGGUGCGGAUCUGGCCCUUCGACACCCUCCCACUGGGGGCCCUGAUGAAGGAGCCACAGCUGGAUAUCCUGAAGGCCGUGCUGGACGGGCUGGACAUGAGACCCACACGGAGGUCUGGCUGCAGGAGGUGCAAACUGCGGACGCUGGAUUUAAGGAGCAUUCAUGGGGCCUUCUGGAGCGCCUGUGUCCAUGCCUGCCCUCCAGGCCUUGUGGGUAGGAUGCAGCCGGUGCAGCACAGCCCAAGGAUGUGCGCCAGGUCGGCUGUGAAGGUGAUGGCAAACCUCUGCCUCAGCGAUAUAAUGCCCAAUGAGUUCCUGGCGUACCUGUUCCAGUGGGUGAAGAAGAAUCCGCGCACGGUGCACCUGUGCUGUCGCAAGCUGAAGAUUUCGGCGACCUUCCUCUACAGCAUCCGCAAACUCCUAGACCUUCUGGAGCUGGGCUGCAUCCAGGAAGUGAAUGUGCGCUCCACCUGGCAUCUCUCCACCCUGGCCAAGUUCACUUUUUAUCUGGGCCGGAUGAGCAACCUGCAGAAGCUGUGUCUGUCCCACAUCUGCGUAUCCACCGACAGCUCCCCCGAGGAGCAGGAGGAGCACAUCUCCCAUUUCACCUCGCAGUUCCUCAGGCUGAAUCGGCUUCGCAGGCUCCACAUGAGAGGUGUCAGCUUCCUGCAGGACCACCUGGACCGGGUGCUCAGGUGCCUGAGCGCCCCCUUGGAGGCUCUGUCCAUAACCAACUGCGUCCUCUCAGAAGCAGAUCUCGUGCACUUGUCCCAGUGCCCGAACACCGAUGAGCUGAAACACCUGUACCUGAGCUGCGUCCCGCUGACCAGCCUCCGUCUCGAGCCCCUCCGAGUGCUGCUGGAGACCGUGGCGUCCACCCUCAGGACCCUGGACUUCCUGGACUGUGAGAUCACCGACUCCCAGCUCGAUGCCCUCCUGCCUGCCCUGAGCCGCUGCUCCCAGCUCACCACUUGCUGUUUCUAUGGGAACAAAUUCUCCAUGGAGACAAUGCAGGGCCUGAUGCGGCACACUGGCAACCUGAACAAGCUGAGGUUGGAGCUUUACCCCGCUCCCCUGGAGAGCUAUAACGCCCAGGGUGUGAUCCAGCGGGCAAGGUUCUUCGAGCUUUGCCGGGACCUGCUGGGGAUCCUGAAAGAAAUUCGGGAGCCACAGGGGGUCAUGUUCAGUACCCGCCCCUGCCGGAACUGUGACAAACGUGUAUUGUACAGCAUGGAUAUGCCCUAUCAGUGCCAAUGCCCUGAGCCUGCGUAAUUGGAGACAUAAAUUAAAAGCUUCAGGGCACUUGCAAGUGGGAACUUGCCUAAAGAGAGCACACUCCAGGUUCAGUGUGAGAGGGGAAGGGGCGGGCACGAAGCAGGAGGUCUGGCAGCCUGGGGGGUGGGCGGCGGCUGUGUGAACUUGGGACUGCAAGGGGCCCUUCGGACAUGGGUGUCAGGACCGACUUCUGGAGCGGGGUUCAGGUUGCCGGACACGGGUGUUGGCUGUGCCUGGGCAGUCCUCAGGAAAGCCAGAGAGCGAUCAUCUGACCAGAGCUGUGUUGUUUUUUUUUUUCUUUCAAUGUAAAGUAGGUUAACUUUGUUUUCUAUGUUUGGUUCUCGAAAUUACAU